GUGUGCAUCAGAUCUCUGGUCAGAUGGGAAAAGGAUGGCUAUUGAAGGGAAAAGCACAACAAUAAACUGCUACUACAACAGCAAGAGAUACCUGUUUAGCAACAAGUACUGGUGCCGUGGGGCAUCCCGCUCAUCCUGUGACGUCCUGGGAGACACACACAAGGUUGUGAAGAGCGAAUAUAAAGGCAGACUGUCCCUUGUGGAUGACAGAAGAGGAACCGUGCAGGUCACCAUGCAUCAGCUGGCAGAAGACGACUCAGGAACAUAUUGGUGUGGAAUAGAAAAGCCAUAUGCAGACAUAAUGACUGCUGUGGAGCUCACAGUAACUGAAGAGCCGCCCACCACACCAGUGCUUACUGUCCUCGGCCGCCCUCAUGACUCGUGCCUGGGAAGACCUGCAAUCAUCAGGUGCCAUGCUGCCACGGGCUCCCGUGUCACCUACACCUGGUACCAAGAGCACCCGCCCACAGCCAUCGCCAUAGCACACACCAGGGACCUGGUGCUCCAAUGCAAGGACCUCCUCGAGAGCCAGAGCUAUUACUGCCAGGCGGCAACACGAAGAGCCACAAAAUCCAGCUGGGUGGUCAGAGCCAAAGUGCUGGCACCAGCCACAGAGAACUGCUCAUAUCAGCUACACUUACAGGAUGGUGAACUGCCUACCUGUGCAAGAGCCACCCUGACCCCACUGGUAGAGGCUGCCACCCCCUCUGCAGCCCAUUCUACAUUCACCUUGAAUUCAGCAAGUCACCCAGCACUGCGCUCCAACUCCUCUCGCUCUCCUGGCACAGAAGUGUAGGUACCAGCCAUCUGCUGUGUCCAUAACGAUUACAGGAGGGGUCUCAGAGCUCUGCUUAAGCUUUUAAAGCAGAGUACUUAUAGGCCAAGUUUUGGGAACAGGCUAAAAUGCACUUCACACAAGUAGAGAGAAACCCUGAACGACCAGCUCACACAGUGGAAGCGUUUGUGCCGAGGUACCAUUCUACGUAGCACACUAACAACCUUGGAGACAAACCUAAGAGAAAGGAAACCAGCGUAGACAAGUUUCCUAAUGCAAGACACUGCAAACCUCAAUGUCAGAGCAUGGCUCCAAGAUGCCAUGAAGGAAAGAGUUUCUCGUGGUUUUUAAAAAAAUGACAUUUUUGUGGACAUGGAGAACAUUCAGUUACAGCAUCAGGAUAAAAGCAUCAGUGCAUGUAAAAAACCUGCUUCAGGGCACAAGGCAAUUACCAAACCACCAGGGUCAGGAAGAGACCUGCAUGCUGGGCAGAUGAUGUAAUAUUUGUCUCACUGGGUUUCUUGCACCUGCCUCGGCCGAGGUGAUGGUUUACUUGGCUAUACGGUCAGUUCUGGUCUAAUCCAUGCUAGCAACUCCUAUCUCUGUUUAGAUGUAGUGAGGGCAACAGGGCAGCCCAUCAACACCAAUGGUUUUUGAAACCAACCCACAAUCAAUGGCACUUGUGCUCCUCACUCCCUUAGGCAUUCUUUGAACAUCUUCCCACCAGCAUAACAUACACUUGCUGUAUCAAGCAUUUGCUCAGAACAUCUCUCACCUGAGGGUCCA